UAAAAAUUUAAACAUGGCGACCUGACAACAGACGCGAAAAUUUAACAACAAGGACGAUAUUGAUAGGCCGAUUUACCUUGUUCUAUGUUUGGGACUUAACAGGUAGCCAUGACAUCUAAGGUGGACUUGUCCUUAGAAAAAGGGACAACCCCUUCUCUUCCUGCUUUGAGGGAAGGACAAAGCAGCUUGAUAGCACCCCUGCAUGGUCCCCAAUCAGUCACACCUAGACAGAAAGCAUCACAAUGGGCACUGGAAACAAGGCACAGAAUCAACAAGUGUAUGGAGGCUAAUGAAGUGAAGAAAGAAGACGUUUCAUUGUUAAAGAAAGAUCUUGUGGCAGUUUUCAUAACUGCUUUACAACAAGACAGUCGAGAUUCCUGGGUUUAUCUCCAUGAAGUUUUAGGAAUAGUAGAACCUUAUAAAGUAUACCUGGAGAAGUUUGACCUUAAAACAGAAAUGUACCAUUACAUAGAGAGACUGAUUUACCAUGCUGACAACAACAAAGAAAAACUUUUUGAUCUACAGUUAGCAGAUUCAUUGUCAAAGAUAUUCUCAAAGGAAGUAGAUAAGAUCCGACAAAUUGGAGCAUUUCCUGCCAGGAAUUAUUGUGCUGCACCACCAGCUCCAGUUGUCAAGAUUAGUGCAGGUUCUCCCAAAAAGUCCAUGCAAUCACCCAGGGCAUAUUUCCAGCUUCCUGAUGGAACAAAUCCGUAUAAAACUCAUGUUACGCACAGAGAAGAUAAAUACAUGCUGACUAAACCAUUAACAAUAAGAGAUAUGAGCAGAUCAAUUGCAGAUGUAGCCGCAGAGUUGGCUGCUCGAGAGUCUAUUUGGAGUCAGCAUUAUGGAACAGUAACACAGGCAUUACGGACAGAAAUUCCAGAAGAUGAUGAAGAAAAACCUGUAAAGGAACCAGUAUCAAAAGCUUCUACACCCAGGAGUUCACUGACGUCUCUGUAUGGAAAGAAAGAGAAAAAGACUCCUAGAAUUGAGGAAGAGAAAGUACUUGUGAUGACUGGACGAGAAGCUGUAGAAUAUUUUGCCAAACUUCAUCAUAUUGGAAAAAUAGAAUCAAUUCAUUUUAACAUAGUACCACAUAGACAUUAUAAUCCUUAUGAUCUGAUAUCUGUACAGAAAAACAAGGUCAAUACAGAACAUUAUGUAUUCUCAACGUUUGGAGUCUUACAUGUGUACCCGGAUCAACCUUCAGAAACUAUGAGUUUAUCUGAUUGGCAAAGAGAAGCAGUCCUGUGGAACGCUGUUUCAAAAAUACCAUUCUUCAAAAAUUUUCUUGUCAUGAAGAUGUUUCAAAAAUGGAGAUACAACAGAAAUACUUUAGAUUUUAUGAGGAAAAGAGAAAAACUGAAUAAUAGAUUGUUGCAAGCUGUGCCUGCCUUUGGUGCUGCUCUCAUACAGGUUUCAAGAUUACUGAAAGAACUUGUCACUGUUAAAUUUUUACCCAUUGAAAAAGAUAAAUUAUACUUAUUACCAGAAUUUGAGAGUGAAGUCAACUACAAGAAUAUGCAAGCAGAGAAAGUCAUAGAAAAGUUCUUUGGAUAUUGUAAGAUGAUGGUGGAUGUUACUGCUGAAGCAUCAUUCAAGAAACUACAUCACUGUGAAGAACAAGUCAAAAAGAAAGCUGUAUUUUCUAAAGACUCCCUUCACCUGCAGAGGAUAAAGCAUGAACAAAGACAAGUUAAUCUUAUUAAAGCCAGGAAUGAAACAGGUCGUCUUGGUAACUUUGUCAAGUUAACAGAUCAGCUGAUAGUAGAACAUAUGUAUGAGAUUUGUAAGACACAAGUUAUACAGUUUGUUAAUGAAGUGUUAAAAAACCAUUCAGAAACAGAAGGAUUCUUCAAAGUUUUCCUGGUUUUCACAAAGCAAGAUAUGCUUGGACUGUCACCAAGUAAGGACAAAUUAAUAAAAGCAUUAUCUAGUACUCUGAAAGGCAUUCCUAAGGUGCUGUGUUCUAAUGCAAUUCCUAUUGAUGGUUCCCUGCCUGAUUAUCACUCCGAGGAAACAGAUCAUACUAAGUCUGAAGCUGCUGAAAAGAUGGAGAGAAGAAAGAGUACAGCUGCUGCAACUCUUGCUUCUUUAAGACGAGAGAGUUUAACUACUUUAACAGUAAGUUCACAAAGAAGGGACAGUGUGUUACCAACAGCAGACACAUCUCAGUCACAGGCAGGGGAAACGGUAGCAGGUGAUACCAUUAUAGAAGAGGAGAAUCAGGUUACCAAAUCUAUAGCAGGAGGAGAUGAUGAGGGUAUUGGUGUACCUGAUUUACCUCAUCCAGAUAUUAAAUCUAAAGAAGAGGAUGAAUUAGGUAUUGCAACCCCAGACUUGGUACUUCAUGAUGAUUCUACACAGCUUGUAGUUAGAGGAGAAGGUUUUAUGGGACAGUACAGUCCUCUUACUAAGGCUAGUCUAGAGGAGAAAUUACAUCAAGAUAAGGUAUAUACAGCUGCCAUACAAUUCCAAGAAAACAUGAUGUUAGAAGCUUUAGAUGAGAUAGACCAAUACUGUAAACAUCACAGUUGGCUUAGUGAAAUACAUCACUUCUGUAAAAAAUGGAGUGACAAAUCUUUAAAGGAGAUCAAAGGAGUUCCUGCCUUCCAAAUAGAGCAAAAACUGAAUGACAUUAGAAGUUGGUCAGAGAAAGUGAAGAUAUUUGAGAGAAAUUUUACAACUGAGAAUGGCUUAUUCUAUGUGGAUUGUUUAGCUGUACAUGAUUAUUUAAUACCAAGGCUGAAUGAUAUCUAUACCGAAGUAGGAAUGUUUGUAGCAGAAGAAGCUACAACUCUCGCCAAUAACUUCUGUGAUGAAAUGAAAGAAACAAUUGAGAGUUUGAAAGAUAAAAGUGAUGAGAUCAAUGCAUUUGCAACAUAUGCUAAAAACUUUAACCAGUAUAAGAAGAACAGUCCUAUAUUUCAACAGAGAUGUGAAUAUGUUAAAUUGCUGUUUGAGGUUGUUAGAAUGACGUACAGACAAUUAACACCUGAAGAAGAAAGAGAUGACAGUAAUGUCCGUGCCCGCUGGGAUGAAUUCAUGUUAACCAUGCAGGAGGCUGCAGUAUUUGUCAACACUAAAACACCUCUCAUGACUCACCAGUUAGAAGAUACACAUAAGCGACUUUCCAGAGCCAAGAAUUUGAAACAGAAAAUGAGAGCCUUGAAAAAUCCCAGUCUUUAUAUGAAACUGGAUAUGGAAGCAAGAGAAUUAGCUAAGAUGGCAACAUCAGAACAUUUCUUAGAUCCAGAACAGAACGCUUCAAAGAUCCUUAUUGAAAUGAGAAGAAUCCGAGAUAAAUUUUACCAUGUACAGAAACAAUUACACCAGGCCAGUAAGUGGAGAGAGGCUAUUGUAGGCGAGCCAUAUGAUUUGACUUUCCUGAACGAGAUCACUGUCAAUAUAGAUGUACUGCAGGAAUUAUGGAAGUAUAUUGAAGUCUCUAGACAUGCUAUAAAGGACUGGAAACAAAUGCUUUUCAAAAAGAUGAAUAUAAAGAAGGCUUUAGAGAAAGUGAUUGAAUGGCAAGCUGCAGCGGCUCAACUUAAACCUUACCUAGAUAGAAAAUCUUCACUUCCAGAGGCAGAAAAAUUACUCAGUCAUUGGUUUACAUCACUCAACGAAUUCAAGAAAGAUCUACCAAUACUUCAUAAACUUGCUAAUGAUGCCUUAAAGGAAAGACAUUGGAAGGCCAUAUUUGUUGGCAUGAAUGAAUCAUAUGACUCAGACAAACAGUUUACAGUAUGUGAUCUCUUGACCUAUGACCUGGAAGAGAAUGAUCAGUUGAUACACUCCAUCUAUCUUGGAGCUAUAGCAGAAUAUGACCUUGAGUUGAAAAUCAAUCAAAUAAGUAAAUUCUGGGAAGAGAGAGAAUUUAAACUAGCCAAACAUAUCCCAGACAGUGUCUUGAGUUCAAAAGAACCAGAGUUGUCCUCAAACUGGUACACAAUGCAAAAUGAUACUGUACGAUAUGCUCAAACUCCACCAACAGAACCUCCCAAGAAGCCAUCAAGUCCACGUCGCCGUACAAAGUUAGAGAAGUACCGCCAAGAAAGAGCUGCUGCUUUGGUAGGAACCCCUAAAGGAAUGAAUGUAGCCGAAGAUGAUUUCUAUAAACUUAUUGAAGUGGAUGAGCUCAAAUAUCAGUUACAGGAUACUCGUAUCAGUAUAAAGGGAAUGAUGCAAUCACCUUAUCUUGGUGACAUGAGACAUUCAGUAGAAUUUUGGAACAGUUCUCUACAACAGGUGGAAGAAAUAACAGACCUGUGGUACACCUGUCAGAAAAAGUGGCUGUAUCUUCUCAAAGUGUUUGAAAGGCCUGAUUUGUAUAAAAAAUUUGGUGGACAGAAUUCAAAGUUUGAGAAUGUUCACAAACAGUUUAAAGAUUGGAUGAGAGUAGUUUCCAAUGAUUCCAAAGUUUUAACCGUUGUCAACAGAAAGCGUGGAGAAAAAGGUUACAGACUUUUACAGGGAGAUAACCUCCGCACGUUAUUUCUUAGUUUGAUUCAGUCUAAGGAAGAAAUCCUGAAGGACCUUGAAACACUUAUGGGACUAUCUCGUAUGGAGUUUCCACGUCUUUAUUUCAUCAGCAAUGAAGAAUUGGUUGAAGUUCUGGGUAUAUCUAGAAACCCAAAAGCUUUGCAAGACUGUGCUAUGAAAGUUUUCCCUGGAAUACAAGAUCUGAGUUAUGCUUUACCUUCUGGCAUAGCAAGCAUGAAUACUAAUUUGGAUUUUGCAUUAAAUGCUGACAAACUGGAAUUAACAGGAGUUAAGGGAUUAUUGGAAGAAGAUGUACCAUUCUUCGUCAGAGUACAGGCACAUCAAAAGGCAACCAAAUGGCUUAAAUGUCUGGAACAGAACAUGAAAAAUACCAUGACCAUCAUUCUUCAAUGCUGUGUACAAGCUAGGAUGGAAGAAGGAUCUCGACAGCCAAUUCAUCUGUUAGAAGAGUUAGCCAAGUUGAAUAAACCAUUAACACCUAGAGAACAUGAGAUAACAACCGACAUUAAACAGACAUUCCGUCACUGGCUGCUACGCUUCCCUGUACAGUGUGUCCUAGUGUCUGAAGCUAUCCUCUGGGCAAGAUCAGUUACUAAAUGUUUUGAGAAGGCAGACAUUGAAGAAAUGAAAUUUUUGAGGAAGAACACAACCUCCAAGUUAGACCAGUAUGUAGAAGUACUUAGAGAGACUUAUGGUAUGAAAGGAAAUGUUGCAGAAGAUGUCAUGAAACGAUUGAGUGUGUUAUUGUGUAAUUUAAUAAAACAGACACUACAUCAGAGGGAUAUGCUAGAUAAAAUGAUUGCUGAUGGAACUGAAGAAGAAAACAACUUUGAAUGGCAGGCCAGUCUGCGGUAUCGUAUGGACAUCCAUACAGUCCUCCGAGCUAAGACUGAGGCUGUAGAUGUAGAGGUACAUCCAUUUCAAGUAGGAAGGAAAGGAAGUAGAAUAAGAAAGACAACUCUUGCCAAACCAAGAGUUGAGGCAACCUUAGAAGAACCACCAAUACUGACCAGGACUAAGACAACUGUAUCCACAGAUUACCAUUUUAGUCUGUGUUAUCUCCAACAGCUAGGGAACCAGUUUAGUUAUGAUUAUGAAUAUCAAGGUCCAAUACAGAGACUGGUUCUUACACCAUUGACAGACAGAGCCUUCUUAUCUUUGACACAGGCUCUUAAAUACUUCCAAUGUGCCACCCUGAUUGGACCAGCUAGUGUUGGCAAAUCAGAAACAGUUAAGGAACUGAUGAAAUUAUUUGGUAGAAAUCUCGUAACUGUCAAUUGUAAUGAAGACAUUACACUGCCAAUGAUGACUCAGUACAUGAUGGGCAUGGUACAGUCAGGAACUGGUGUCCUGUUUGAUGAUACAGACAGACUAACUAGAGGUUUGAUGUCUGUAACAGCUCAGCACUUUGAUUACAUCAGGACUGCCCUGAAGACAUUACAAGUCUGUAGUGAAAAUCAGUACAAGAUAAGAGGUCAACCAAGAUUUGAUAAAAAAGCAGGCAUUGGUGACAAAGUUAUACGCAGAAAUUCUCUGACAACACUUCAUCCUCUGCCAACAGCUUCUAUGAAAACAGAGAGACAAAAUACUGUGCCUCAUGGAUUCAAUGAGAAAGGUCUAGUGACAUAUUUUGAAGAUGCCUGGGUUUCAGAAAAAGAUAGAAGAAGAAGACAUUCAAUCGAGAAAGAAAUAGAGAUAAAAGAAUCAGACUUAUACAAGAAUAACAGACCACCUCCAUUGUUCUAUGAACAUGUUAAAAGUAAAAACAAAAGGUCAACAGCACCAGAUUAUAGCAAGCUUCUCCAGGAAACAGAAUAUGAGCAGCAGAUGCUCGGUAACAUCAUGUUCAAUGGGAAGCUUAUCCAAGCCAGUGCUAACUUUUCAUGUUUCAUGUCCAUAAAUACAAGCAAUCCAGGUUAUGUGGAUAUACCAGAAGUGUUUAAGAAUCUGCUGAGACCUUGUGCUCUUAUAGUACCAGAUUAUUACAUAAUAACAGAAACAACUUUGUGCUGUCAUGGUUUCCAGGAAUAUAAACCACUGGCUAGGAAAAUUACUUUUAUGCUCAAGAUGUUGAAAAAUCAGCUUCCAAGAAAAACGCAGUAUCAGUUUGGAUUGAAGGACAUCAAAAACUUAGCAGAAGUUGCUACUGCAAAACUGAGGGAUGAAAAGUUUAUUGGAGAACUGAGAGAAGGGGAAGUUGGAGAGACCCCUAGCUCUGAUUCCUCCCGUGAUGUUGAUAAAUCUUUAGAGGAACACUGUAUGGUAUACUCUCUGAAAGCUGUUAUAUCUCCGAGUCUGGAGGACGAGGAUGAUAGAACUGUGUUUAUGAACCAUUUAAGAGAUACUUUCCCAAUGUGUGCCAGUUCACGAGGAACAUCAGAACACGUCUAUAACCAUGAACUGGUAAAAUCUCUGAAGGAACAGUUCAAGGAAGAUAAUAUGGUUCUUACUAAGGAGAUGAUAGCUAGGAUGUUACAUAUGAACUCGGCCAUAGAGAUGAGAAAGGGUAUAAUCCUUUCAGGACCAUCUGGGAGUGGUAAAUCGACAGCUACUCAAACCUUAUCCCGAGCCAUUAACAGGCUCAAUUAUCUCCUGUUUGCUCCAGAUCAUUCCAAAGAUGAAUUAGCUACUGACAGAGACCUUAUCUUCCAUCAGAAGAAAAAGCUCAAGGAAACCUUAGAUAAAGUUGGUGAACUUGAUGAGGAAUUUUUGUCAGCCUUAUCAGCACCCGAACCCAAACAAGACAAGACUAGUUUUAGGAAGUUUAAGAGAAUGACAAAUAUGUUAGGAAAAGUGACGGAUGCCAUUCAAGAUUUAGGAAUUCCCAAAACAAAGGAAGUGGCAGAAUAUCCAAAAGUUGAUGUUGUUACAUUGAAUCCAACUGCACUCUCUCCUCAGGAGUUCCUUGGUGCAUUUUCUGAUGGGAUAUGGCAGGGUGGACUGUUUCCCAAAAUCUUAAAGGACUCUUCAUUUCUAUCUGAUGCUGUAAGAAAUUACAUAAGUGGAUUAAAGGAGAAGAAAAAUAAAGGACAGGAUUUACCUUCAGUGUUAGUACGUUGGAUUGUGUUGGAUGGAGUUAUGCACCCUGUUUGGACUGAGAGCAUCAAUACUCUAUUUGAUGAUGAAAAUAAACUAUCAGUGGCCAAUGGGGGAAGUGUUGAUUUACAAGAACGUAAUGGACAUAAGCAGGCACGUGUGUGGCCACCAUUGGAAGACACAACAGCACUGAUUUAUGAGACUAAUUAUUUAUCUGAUGCCUCUCCAGCAACUCUGGCUCGUUGUGUUAUUAUAAAUUUUGGUUCUGAGACCGUGCAUUGGAAUUCAUUAUUUGAAUCCUGGAGAACAACUGCUAAAUCAAGAUGGGUCCUCACCUCAGCAGCAUUUAAGGUAUGGGAAGAGUUAGGCAGAGACAUAUUUCCUCCAACAUUGAAAUUUCUUAAGAAUGAAUGUUGUUCAGCACUAAUGACAGAUGUUGGUUCUGUAGCAGAUGAAGUAAACAUAGGAAUACAGGAAAUCACUGCAUUUCUCAACAUCCUCUCAGUUCUCUUAGAUAAGAUGUUUCUCAGAGAUGAUUUUGAAAAGAAACAGAAGUCAAUGGAACAUGAUGAUGAUAAUCGUAAAACUCCAAGCAGUAUGGCACCGUCACGACAGGCAACCAGUCGUAUGACCAGUAGUUCCCAGAUAGAGCACCUCCUACCAAAUUAUUUGGAAAUUCUGAAAGGAAUGUUUGCAUUUUCCUACAUCUGGAGCUUUGGAGGACAUAUACAUGAAAGAUUCAAGGAUAAAUUCAGCAAGUUUUCCCAUGAUGCUAUGUACAGAGCAACACAUCCUAUUCGUAUCCCUUUCCCAGGGACUGUCUUUGACUAUUGUUUAGAUGAAACCACAGGCACAUUCUUGAGAUGGGGAGAGAAACAGCAAGAACGGUCUAAGAUUUUAGCAGGAGGCUAUAUGAUAACUCCAGAUGUUGAGAAGUACAAUUACUUAAUAGAACUGAUGCUGAAUGCUCAACACCCUGUGUUACUGACAGGAUUACCAGGUGUUGGCAAAACUACUCUGAUACAGAAUACUGUGUUGUCAAAGCAAACCAGUACUAACAUCCUGAUGUCCAGAGGUAUGACCAGUUCAAUCUUCCAGAACACAAUGGUAUCUCAUAUCUUAGAACUUAAACAUAAGAUAGCUAAUAGCCUACCAACCUCCGGAGUAACUGCUGGACGAGGAAAACAUACACAUCUGUUCUACAUAGAUGAUCUUAAUACAGCACCUACCAAUGUUGAAGGAGGGUAUCAGCCACCUUUGGAAUUGUUACGUCAAAUAUUAACUCAGCGUGGAUGUUAUGACAGACAGAGAAAAGAAUUCCAGGAUAUGGAAGAGGCUAUGUUUUUAGCUUCUACAACACCACCUAGCGUUGCAGGGUAUGGAUUAGGGAAAGCAAGUCAUGUGAUGUCGACUAGACUGACACGCCUCUUUGUCAACCUGACUGUGUUUACCCCUGCACCUGAAACCCUCCUCAGUAUGCAUGGUAGAGCAUUACAGAACUGGCUAGAAGAAUUUCCCACAUAUAGUGUAGAGCAUCAUUUUGAAUUUGCCAGGGCAAUGACUCUAGGAUUGCUGGACCUGUAUGGUCGUAUAAAGGAAAAGCUCAGGCCUACACCAAGCAAUGCCCAUUAUUUAUUUAGCUUGCAUGAUGUGGCUAGAGUUGUUCAUGGUAUUCUCUUGAUGUCACCAAGGUCAAGAUCAAGAAAAAUGUUGAGAAAGAAAAAGGAUGGAGAUUCAAGAAGCAGUAGAGUAUCCAGACAGACAUCAUGGUCAGAUUCAAAGUCUCGGACAGUCAGUGGAGCUAGUGGUGGAUAUGUUAUAGAGGGAGGGUCCUCUGCUCCUAUGAUGAAGGUCAUAGGUCAACUCUGGUGUCAUGAAUGUACUAGGAUGUUUGCUGACAGACUUGUUUCUCCUGAUGAUUCCAAUUGGUUUACAAAGACUUUAGAGGAGACAGCUCUGAAAUAUUUCUGUUUGCCCAGAGAUGAUCACAAAUCAGAGAUGGCUGCCAUUUCUGAAGAAACACAUUCACAAACUGGGCGUGGUACUCCUCAGACCACAACCUCUCCACCUAUAUCAGAACCAGAAUCAGAAGAAGAAGAUAAUGAGUUGACUGCUGUAGAUGAAGUAUCUACAACAAGAGAGAAUGAUGACCAGACUACCACAUCUUCAGAGAAACUAGUCACACCCAUGGAUACACCUAUACCUCUAGGAGAAUCUACUCAUAGAGCUGAGUCUACACCUGGUCCAAGGGGAACACCAGAUACUGGUCGCACUAGGGCUUCAGGGGUUGAUACAGAGUUAGGAACCAAUAGAACAACUAAUGCUGAUCCUACAUCAGAGUCAGAGUAUGACUCAGAACCGUCAGAAGAAAGUGAAAGUAGUGAAGAUGAAUCAAUGACUGAAACAGAAACAGAAACAGUAGACACAGCGAGAGCUAAAAAAACACCACUUACAGAAUUAUCUAAACAACAAUCAGAGAGCAGGGCUUCAUCUUAUUUUACAGCAAGUACACGAAUAACAGUCAAUACUAACAAAGAGUCAAGCGGUACAGACAGUGUAGAGCAUGAGCAGAUGGGUUUGGCUAAGACUAAAGUUGCCCCUCCCACAGAUCAAACAGCACCAGGAGCACCUUUAACAAGUAGAGUUGGUAACAUAGGAAGUCAGAUAAAUCUAAAACAAGUCAGAUCCAGUCAAGGAAGUCUUAAAUUCACAAAAUCUGUAACAUUUAAAGCUGGACUACUGGCUGACUGGGAGCAUGAAGCUUACUUUGGACCCUUAAUGAGCAUGGAUGAGUUGAAAGGAUCAUCAACCAGCUUGGUUGAUUUUAUUUUCUCCAAGUUUUAUAUGACUACUCACACAGAAACGCUUGGAAUGGCCAUUGAAAAAGCCUACAUGGAUGGGACAGAGGAGAGUUUAGCUGAGGCCUUAUCUACAUGUCUCAAUGUAUAUAAUGCUGGCACUUCACAGAGACUAGAUUUAGUGUUUUUCUCUGAAGCUAUCAGACAUGCAGCUAGGCUUAGUAGAGUAUUGGCAAUACAAGGAGGCCAUGCUGUUCUGCUGGGUAUGAGUUAUUCUACAGGAAGGUGUACCCUUGCCAGACUCGCUGCUUAUAUUGCCCACUGUAAGAAAGCACCCUCAGACUGCUGUAGAAAGAGAUGUAAAGGGUUAUUUGAACCAAAGUCUCAGUCGGAUCCUAGUAAAAACUUAUUGAUUGUAAGAGAGCACAUCAAAAGAGCAUGUUACCACAGUGGAAUUCUGGGUAAACCUUCUGUUCUGCUGGUACAUGAAGACCUUGGAUCAGAAUGUCUCCAAGAUAUCUGCAGUGUAAUGGCUGAUGGUACAAGUCCAGGACUAUACACAGAUGAUGAGAUUCAGUCUAUAGUCUCCCAUAUGAUGCCUGGUGGUGUCCAAACCAAGAGAGUAGAUAAGAUAGAACAAGCAUUUGAACGAUUCCUGAAGAAAGUCAGACACAAUCUUCAUGUGAUUGUUUGUCUCAGUAGUAAAGGAAAUAGUUUCUCCAGCAAUUUUAAUAAUUUACACAGUAAACUUAGUGAAUAUCCAGGACUUGUAAAACAUGCAGUAUCUGUAGACCUGUACAAGCCAUGGACAUUUGAAGCUUAUGUCAAAAUAGCUGAAGUGUGGCUAAGGGAUCAGAGAACAAAGGUACCAAUACCGUGGCACCCUACAAGAAUGUUGGACCAGAUUUCACUGACAGCCCAUGCUAUGGCUUAUAUGCACCUUUCAUCAAAGGCUGUAAUAGAAAGACAGUUCUGCCACCAGAGGGAGCCACUUAGAUUUUAUUCUCCUUUGACCUUCAUGGAGUUUGUUCACUUAUUUAGAUUAAUAGCAGCUCAUAUAGUCAAAAUGGAAAUCGAGAAUAUAGGUAAACAUGAGCAAGCCUUAGGUAAGGUGAAUGAAGCAUUUGGAAGUAUAAAUGAAUACAAAAGAGAAGUUUCUGAACUGACACCAAAGUACAAAUCUGCUACAGAUGAAAUCAAAGACCUGGUGGCCAGAGUAGAGGACCAGAAGGAACAAUAUAUUGCUGCCUUGGAUAGAUGCAAAGACCAAGAACAGAAAAUUGAAGCUUUACAGGGACCUCUAGAACAACUGAGAAAAGAGGCACAAACAGAUUUUGAUAGGUCGUUCUUCAAGAGAUCUCCUAGCUCGGAGACUGUUGAAUAUUUCACUGCAACACAGUAUAGGGUGAACCCUAACUACCAAGCAGCUCUGACAGCCCUUAAUGUUAUCAAUAGAAAUGAUCUGGAGGAAGUGAAGUCUUUUAGAGAACCACCAGAACUUGUCAAAUUUGUUGUCAAAGCAUUAUGUUUGUUAUUCAAAGUACCACAAGAUUGGGAGAAUGCCAAGUUAUUAUUAAUCAGAGAUAACUUUAUGGAUGAGAUGAUGUUUUUUGACAAGGACCACAUUCCAGAUGACAUCUUUGAAGAACUAAAGACAUUUGUAUUUAAUCCUUUGUUUGAUCCUGACUUAGUCAAACAAGUCAGUUUGUCAGCAACUAACGUAUGUAUCUGGGUACAUGCUGUAUAUAAAUAUGCCCACAUACAUCGUAACAUGCAACCAAGAUUAAGAAAUCUGUUGGAACAUGAGGAUAAAUUUACUCAGGCUCAAGCUAAGCUAGGUCAGUUGAGAGUGGAAGCUAACAGAAUAAAGAGUGCUCUAGAGAGGGUGAUUACAUCACAUAAAGCUGCUGUCAAGAGAGCAAAGACAAUAGAGAGGCAUAUGCAGGCCAUAGAGAGGAAAAUAGCCAGAGCUGUAAAUCUGAUGGAACAUAUGUCUAUGCAGCAUUACUUGUGGAAAUCUGAGUUAAGAAAGGCUCGUCGUAAUGUGCUCACGUCACCUGGUGAUGCUCUGAUUACAGCAGCUUGUGUCUGUUAUCAUGGCCCUCUCGAGGAUAAAUGGCGGGCUGAACUUCUGCAUGAUUGGCAGGACAGAUCUAAACACGGAAAUUACAAAAUGACAAAGAAACUUGGAGAAGAUGUUUUCCCUUUAAGUUCCAACUUAGAGGGUUUAUUUGAUGGACAUAAAGAAUUUGACACCACUAGUAGUAUGUCUCGUACUGUUACAGAAAGUAGUGUAGAUAGUGAGAGUACUUUGGACAUGCCGUCACUACCAGAAAUAAAAACAUACAAGUACCCACCUGCUGUGUAUGAUACCAGUAAAUAUUACAAAUCAGAACUAAAGAAACAAGAAAGUUUUGAGUAUGAUCAGACACAAACUAUUGAGUUUGAAGAUUCCGAUGAUGAAGAUGAGCAGAGCACAUUAAUGAACAGGAAUAAUUUUACUCUACAAGAGAUUCUUAGUGAUUUUGAUGAGUUGAGUAAUUGGCGUCUGUCCAAUCUACCAACUGACCUACAUUCCAUACAGAAUGCACUUUUGAUGAGAGUGAGUUGUCACAAUCGUAAGCACUGCUGGCCGAUGUUGAUUGACCCAGACAAUCAGGCUGAAUUAUGGGUAAAGACAGUUCAGAAUAGUAAGAAUGUAUUUACAGAGAAAGAUGUACAAGAGAGUACUCCUGAUGAAUUAGAUGGAAUUCCCCUGGAAUCCAACAGAAGUAAGAGUAGUUCAGGUCAGUUACCUCCUAGUCGAGGAACAACUCUGACAUACUCUGAUGUGUAUACUGAUGACCGUACAGCUUCUACCAAUACUCUUACAACUACAGAUUAUACCAAGAGAGAGGACAGUGUUAGAGUUCAUUUUCAAUCAGAUGAGUCUACAAUGGGAAGACAUUCUCGUAACACAUGGAACAGUGAAGAACUUCGUCCUGUCACCUCUGUUACUAAUAGUUGGGAAAACUUCAGUCUACAUACAGAACAGAACUUAGAUCGUCCAGCUAGUAAUUUGUGGAUAAUAGAAGCGGAUGAUCCUUCACUGGACAGUAAACUUAUAAAUGCCAUUGUACACGGUAUAACUAUUCUGAUUACACAUAUUGAGAGGAAAUCCUUAGAUCCAGUAUUUAGAGGUUUAUUGCUGAAACAUUUCUUUGUUGACAAGGAAGGAAAUAAAAUCAUAAAAGUUGGAACAUACGAGUUCAGAUAUCAUCCAGACUUUAAACUUUACCUUAGUACAUCUGUACCACUCUUCCUAAAAGGUGAUGGACUACACAGUAUCCCAAUACACAGAAUGUGUGUAAUAAACAUGGCCCUCAGUGAUGAAGCUAUAAUGAACCACUUACUUAGUGAAACAAUGAAAGUAGAGAAGAAAGAAUUUGAAGGACAAAAACGAUCCAAUGAAAAUGACAUUAUCUUGCAUAGACAAAGGCUAGCUAAAGAACAUGAACUGAUCAGAGAGAAGACCUUGAACUUGGAUGGACCACUGCUGGAAGAUCAGACAAUGCUGAAUUCUCUGCUAGCUUGCCAUGAGGAAAUUCAUAAGAACAAGCAAAUACUAGAAGAAACUCGUUUCAUGGGAGACCACUUGGAAGAGAAAUUUGCACACUAUCGUAUAAUGAUCACACACAUAACUGUUUUAUACAACAUGAUAAAGAAGAUGUGUGUGUUACAUCCUUACUAUUACCUACCAUUCAGUACAUUUGUGGAGAUCUUUAGUUGUGUAAUGACAAGUAGGGACAGGGGCAAAGGAAGUGUGGGGGCACCUCAAGCAAGAGCACAAGAGUUAGCAGAUGCCUCAUCAGCAGCCAUCUUUAAAUAUGUCUCUAUGAUGAUGUUUGAACAGCACUAUCAAUUGCUUCAGUUACUGGUUUCCAUGGAGAGGUUAAGAAUGUCUGGAAAAGCUACAACCAAGGAACUAAGUUUAUUUAUCAAUAAUUUUGAUAAACAAGGAAUAGAUGAGCUGUCUUUGAUGGACAGUAAACCAGUUUGGAUGGCAGGACAGAUCUGGAUAGAUUGUUUAGUGCUAGAACAACUUCACCAUUGUUAUCAUGGUUUGAGGAAGUCUUUGGUACAGAAUAGCAUACAGUGGCAGGAGUACUUUCAGCAUCCCAUAGCUAUAAUGAACCCAGUGCCUGGUAUGACUAUGCAGGAGCUAUCAGUAUUCCAGAAAUGUAUUUUGUGGAAAAUUUGUGCACCUCAAAGGCUUUGUGAGUUAGCCAGUGCCAUGACUCUAUAUGAGAUGGGCAGCAUACGUAGUUUACCAGACAAUUACAACAUUAGAGAUGUAUAUGCCUACACUAACAAUACUACACCAGUCGUGUUUAUGAUGCCAAAUACAGAACAUCAUAAAGGAUCAUCAUCAGCUACAAAAGGCUAUUCUUAUGUUAGUCCCACUCACGAGGUGAAGAGGCUAGCUAAGGAAAUUGGUAUGGAAGGGAAAGUUAGAGUAAUGAACUUUGGGGUACCAGGUCAGAUGUGUGAAGUGAGACAUGCAUUAGAGGAUUGUAUACAGAAUGGUUACUGGUUACUUUUACAGAAUUAUCAUUUGGCAGAAGAGCCAGAGCAAGAGUUUUAUAUUUUGCUGAAGGAUAUUGUAUACAGUAAAUGGAUAAAACAGGAGAGAAAGAGACAGAAAACAGAUAUAUCUGAUGAUGGAAAUAGCUUGGUUACUUUCUCUAAAACAGGAGAUGAAGACAAUGAAUUACAUAUCCACAAUACAUUUAGAUUGUGGAUCACUACACAGGCAGACAGUGGUAGACUCAUUCCGGGUGUUCUUGUACAGUAUGGUAUUAAAGUGACGUGCGAGAAGACUGGUAACUUUAAAUCUACAAUACAAAAAUCAUAUAGAAGUGUGGCAUUCCUUUUACAGAACUGGAAACAUAUUAAUGACAGUGUGUCUGGGAAGCAAGACAAAAUAAUGCCUUUGGCUUUACUCCAUUCUCUCUUGUUACAACAAAGCUUCUAUGGCCGUAAUGCAUUUAUUAAUGACCACCACUGGACUUUGAGUGACCUGGCCAUGGCUGUUGAUGUUUUUAAAAAAGUGGUGUCAAAGUCUACUUCGACAGAGAAAAUAAUGGACAUGGUGGCUAGAGCUUACUCUGACCAUUGUACUGAUAGUACUGAUGCCAAGGUUGUUCAAUCCUUGGUCAGUAUACUGGUUCAGUAUGCCACUGGCAAACAAGUCCCAGAGAAAAAGUCCAAUGAUAUUAUAGGCUUACUGAAUACAUUACUGAUGGAAUCACCAGAGAACUUCACUCUAAAGAAAGCUGUAGACUCACUUGAGGAACUAACAGCCAAGAACUAUGGUCUUCCUGAAACAGCAGAUAAAGAUGUCAUGUAUACUCACAGCAGGGUACUAAUAAAGGAUAUGAUCCAAGUGAUUGGAGCUCCCGAGUUAUUAUUACGUGUGAACACUGCCAUUAGUUAUCGUGAAGUAUCUGUAGACAGUAUAUUACCAAGCCUGAUAUCCACUUUACAGAAAUGUGCUGUAUUGCCAGAGACAAACAAAAAUCAAAUGUAUCCUAUUGAUGUCUUUAUUCAUUACGAAGUUGAGGGAUAUAAAACUUUAAUUCAGACUGUUCAAUCAGAUUUGUCCUUACUUCAGCGGAGGUCAAAAGGUGAAAUACUUACACCGCCACAUUAUGAUGAUGUCAUUCACUCAAUGAACAGAGAUAGAGUGCCACAAUUGUGGCUAGCUCAAACUUUCCCAUCAGGCAGCAGUCUGACCAAAUGGAUAAAAGAACUUCCUGUGAAGAUUCAAAUCAUUUCUUCAUUAGUGAAUGAUCCCUCUCCUGUGGCUUACAAUCUCUCCAUGUUUCUCAGGCCUGACAGAUUCAUCGAGGCCAUCAAGCAGACAUUUGCCAGAAAACAUUUUGUUGAUAUCAACUCAGUAGAAUUUGAAUUGCAGGUGAUGCCAACAGGAAUUAAACCUUCCGUACCACCUAAGGAUGGGGUAUACAUCACAGGUUUAAGAUUGCACAAUGCAUUAUGGGAUUCCACAAGAGCCAUUUUAAUGGAAAAUGAUUCUGAAAAUCAACAACCUCAUCUCAUGCCUUAUAUCUGGUUAAAACCAGUUGAUGUCAGUUCUCCGUCCAAGUUUACAAGAAAAUAUGAAUUAUAUGACUGUCCAGUCUACUGCUCUGAUGAUCCCCGUAGUCAUGGUGAUAAAUAUCUGGUAACAAAUCUGCCUUUACCAACAUUUGAUCCACCAUGUUUUUGGUGCCAGCAUAGAGUAUUUUUGUCAAGUAGUCUGAGCAGCAAUCAGAAAUAAUAAUAUUAAAUAUAUGUAUUAGUUUAUAAGUUUGGAAGAUUUCAAUAUUGUUCACUGCUGUUUAUACAAAAUUGAAAAAAGGUUUGGAUUCACCUUGUGAUAGGAUCUAAAUCUUAAGAUUCAAAUGAUGUUAAAAUGUAAAUUAACCUUAAAGUAUUUUAUGACAUUAUAGAGGUCCAGUCUAAUAUUCAUAGAUUUUAUAGAAACCUCUAAAUACAAAACAGUAAAACAAGUUUUAUGAUUGUAUGUAAUGAUUGUGCUUAAUGACAAACAAUACCUGCUGAACUGUGAUACCGUUACUUGUUUAUAGUCUUGUUUUUGUAAAAAUUAUUUUUUAUGACUGCUGAAUUUUGUGUUUGUUGAAAACUAUCUUUUAAAAUAAUGAUUUGUUUAUUUAUUUUUUAAUUAUUACUUGAAAUAUACAAAUAUUUUAUUUAAGUCAGAUACAAAAUAUUUUCUAAUGUAAUAUGAUGUGAUUUAGAUUUUUAUUGUAUAGAACCAAUAUUUUCAUUCCAUCCUGCUGAACCAAACCUGGUGCCAACUUGUGAUAUGUUUUUGAGUUAAAAAAUUUACUGGUUAUCUGUGAUAUCAGAUGUGUUUUAUUAAGAUAAUAAAAUAUGAAAGCUA